GUCAGUCGCCCCGAGCCUUCUACCUAGUCAAGUCCUUUGCCAUCGAAAGAUAUGCAUGUGUGCCUUACAUGAUUUCGUCUGCAGUGUUUUUAUUUUGUUUCUUCACGUGUGAUACAUAUACGAAUUGAGUAAUCUUGCGUAAUUGAUUGGAGACAUAGAGAGAGAGAUAAGGAUGGACGCUAAUCCGGAUUCGCCGGAUUCGAUAUCCAGCGAUCAGUUGACGGUGGAUUUGCUGUCGCCGCGCGCGAAACGACGUCGCAUCCUUCAUAGCGACGCUGCGAUCAUCAACGAGAUGAACGACGUCGAGAGACAUCAGAGUAACGCGACGCCCGACGUCAACGGAAAAUCGAAUAACAACAACGACGUCGGUUUCGUCCUCAUGGAAGAUGAUCAGCAACAGCAGCAGCAGCAGCAGGAAAACGGAGGCGGUGCAGACGACAACGACGACGACGAACGCCUGACAGCCGGAGGACACGGGUCCUUGGCGUUGAGCGGAAGUUCACCUGGGUACGGUGCCGGUGGUUCCGGGGGACACCAUCGCGGCUCCGUCCACCACGGGUCAGCGAUGCAACACCAGUUACCCCAGCCAGACUUUCAGCCCCCGUACUUCCCACCGCCGUUCCACCAUCCACCGAGUCCACCGCCCCAGCAGCACCUCGAAUACCUCACCGAUCCAUAUGGAGGACUCUCCGGCCUCCAUCACUACAACCAGCUGGGUCUUCGGCGAGAAGGCGACCCGAACCACACGCACGUCGGUCAGCUUGGUCAUGGCGCGAGUUUCCCGUACAGCGGUGCACCAGGAGGCAGACCGGAUUACGGAAUACCUCAAAGACCCCACGACGACCCGCUGUCUCUUCACCAAGCAUUGGGACAGGCAGUCGACGAGGCCCAAGCGGGCAUAGACGACAACACGGGCUUCAUAUCCGAUCUACCUCUACUUAAAAGUAUAAAAGGAAAGGACCAUUCGGGAGGAUCCAUGGUAUCACCGAGCGAUGUUUUCUGCUCGGUUCCCGGUCGCCUGUCGCUACUUUCCUCAACCUCAAAGUACAAAGUAACAGUUGGAGAGGUGCAACGACGGCUGUCGCCUCCGGAGUGCCUCAACGCAUCGCUGCUGGGCGGGGUUCUCAGGCGGGCGAAGAGCAAGAAUGGAGGCAGGAUACUUAGGGAGAAGCUGGAGAAGAUCGGGCUCAAUCUGCCGGCAGGCCGGAGGAAAGCUGCGAACGUGACGUUGCUCACUUCUUUGGUGGAAGGCGAGGCCGUCCAUCUGGCCAGGGACUUCGGAUACGUCUGCGAGACAGAGUUCCCAGCCCGACAAGUGGCGGAGUAUUUGCUCAGGCAGCACGGCGAGUCGAUCAGGAGGAAGGAACUUCUGCAGGCCACCAAGCAAGUGACGAAGGAGCUGAUGGACCUGCUGAACCAGGAUAGGUCGCCGCUGUGCAAUACCAGGCCCCAGAUUCUUCUGGACCCCUCCAUCCAGAGGCACCUGACGCACUUCUCGCUGAUAUCCCACGGGUUCGGCAGUCCGGCCAUCGUCGCUGCCUUGACUGCCAUCCAGAACUUCCUCAGUGAGUCUCUCAAGCAUUUAGACAAAGUGUAUCCUAACCAAAAUGCCCAAGGACAACCGAUGCUGGUGACGUCGUCCCUAGACAAGGGCAAACUGGACGACAAAAAGUGAUCUUACCCACAUGCGUUCUUAAAGAAUGUGUGCUACUCAUUGACAUUGUAUGUGUUGUGAUCUAAUCUACUUUGAUAAAAUGUACGAACGCUCUCUCUCUCCGAAACAUCAACAACAACAACAGCAACAAAAAAUAAAUGAUGAAGUAAUCAUGUAAUUAUCGAAUGAGGAAAACAUAACAAAAAAAAGUAUCAAAUAAAUAUGAACGAAAAGCGUUUGAAACGUUUUUUGUGUUCGUGACGUAUUACAUUAU